UCCGCACUCCGGCCAAGACCGCCUCUUCCAGUCUUCCUCUUCCUUCUCCUGGACCCUUUUCCCUCCGCAGCAAGCUCGUUCUUGGCGAGGGGGAGAAGAAAAUCAGUUUAGAUCUACCGCUUCGGCUCAUCAGGAGCAGCACGUAUAUGCAGCAUAAGCUUCAGGCGCUCAAGGCCAAGAUGGGUUCAGCUGAUGAUGAGUUCACCCCACUGUCUCAGUUAACCAUAGGAAUGAACAAAUGUAGAGUCCGUGUGCGCAUCUCGCGGCUGUGGGAGUCUUUCAAUCCAAAAAAUGACAUAUCAUUCGGCCUUGACAGCCUUCUGAUCGAUGAUCAGGGUGAAACUAUGCAGGCGCGUGUGCUUCCCGAUGAUAUUGAUCAGUUUGAAGAUCAGCUAGUUGAAGGGGGGGUAUAUGCCUUGUCGAAUUUUACAAUUGAGGAUACAAGGGAAAGCUACAUGACCUGUAGCAAUGAGUUGACUAUGUACUUUGGAGGGCAGACGGUUGUCAAUGAGAUAGAAGAUACUGAUUUGAUACCCCUCUACAGCUUUGAGUUCAUUAAUUUUAAGGAUCUCCGUUCUAGGUGUGAUGACGUUAGCAUAUUGACAGAUGUUUUGGGUCACAUAAUAUAUGUUGGGGAGCUAGAGGAGGUCUGGAGCAAAUCCCGUCUUAUAAAAAUUUGCAAUGCAAGAAUUCAAAAUUUGAGCGGAAGGGAAUUGAGUAUCACGUUGUAUGGAGAUAUUGCUUGUGGUUUUGCUGAGGAUAUGCACGAGAAAGGCCAAGAAGCCUCAGUUGUUGCUGUUUUUGCAGGGAUGCGCGUUGAAUCCUCACAUUCAGUUUGCUCUACAACGUGUUCAGAUUACUAUCUAGAUUUGGAAAUACCAGAGGUGCAGAAUUCUGUGCGAAUUUGUGCAUUCAGCAGGAAAACCCAGUUCCGAAAAAAAGUCCAGCUCAGAAGUUAGCCGAGAAUUGGCGAACAAUUGAACAGCUAAAAAGCCUCGAUCCAGAGGAGUAUGACGAGGAUACCUCAUUUUUGUGCAGAGUCUCCCUGAUAGAUAUAGAUUGCAGCAACGGCUGGUGUUAUCUUGGAUGCGACACCUGUCAAAAGUCAAUGUACAGGGCCCCAAGGAAAUACAAGUGCAGCCGAUGUGGCCCGAUUAAGAGACCAAUUCAAUGGUACAAGCUGAAGACGAAGGUGCAAGAUGCCACCGGCACAAUGGACUUGAUGAUCUUCUGUGAGCUGGCUGAAGAGCUGGUCGGUGUCUCCGCGGAGGAGCUCGUUGAUGAGAUUGAGGAUGAUGAUGAGUGGUACACCCUGCCAGAAGAAAUCGAGGAUCUUCUUGGAUCGACCCACACUUUCCAAGUAUUUGACAAGUAUGGGAGCAGGAGCUGGUCGGUGAGGUCAAUCAUGGAUGACGUUAGUGUCCCAGUCCCUGCUGGAACCACUGCCCAAUGCAAGGAGGAACCUGUCCCUGAGGGCAGCAUUAACAUGGCAAUCCCUACUCCAAUCACUACUCAAUGCAAGGAGGAGCCUGUCCAUGAGGGCAGCAUCAACGUGGCGAUCUGUACUCCAGUCACUACUCAAUGCAAGGAGGAGCUUGUCCAUGGGGGCAGCAUCAACUUGGCGAUCCGUAAUCCCGUCACUACUCAAUGCAAGGAGGAGCCUGUCCAUGAGGACAGCAUCAACGUGGCGAUCUGUACUCCAGUCACUACUCAAUGCAAGGAGGAGCUUGUCCAUGAGGCGAUCCCUACUCCAGUGACUGCUCAAUGCAAGGAGGAGCCUGUUCCUGAGGGCUGCACUACCACGGCAGAAGCAAGGUCGGAGUCCACUCAGCUGCAGAAGCCUAACAAGCGUCUGCGAGGGGACGACUGGGUCAACUAACUCACUAGACCAUGCUGUGACUAGUUUUAGCGUAUCUAGGCUAAUGCAUCCUCUAGGAUUAGGCAAUGGAUCCUUUUGUUCUCUUUCUUAGUACCUCGGAACAUCUCUAUCUACUGCUGUGACUCGAUCUGGUGUUAGUGCUGGGUGACCUGAACCCGUUGAACCCUUUUGAACAUUGCUUCCCUUAUCAUUGUACAUAAUGGAAAAGGGUAGUGUUAGCUGGUUUGUGUGCUUUAUUAGCACCUCUAUGUACACGGUGCUCAUGGGUUUAGAAACAUGUUUUACCAUGCAAGCUUUUCCAACCCCAAAA